GGUGGGUGUGUCCAAGAGACGACGGGGAAGAAGAGGUCAAAUCAGUCGCUUUUUAAAAGAUGCCAAACGUGGGAACUUCACUCGGAUAAAAGUCUCAAGUUGCAACUACAACAACAACAUAAAGUUGAAGCGGAGGCGCUUAAAAGUAUCUGCCGGCUGCGGUGGUGCAAGUGGCGCCUUUCAGUCGCAGACUGCUGGUUAAGUCUUGGGAGGAGAGGCCGCCAUGUUUCAGUCGGUGCCGCGUCGUCUGCCCGGCGAGGUCGGGGUCAGGACGCUCAGGCUGCGGAGUUUGGGGUUGUUCCGGCAGGAGGAAGGCAGGGGCUCGUCUCCCUGGCUGGGCAGGGCCACAGGCCUGCUGCUGUCCACCCUCCAAAGGGCGGCGGUCCUGGUCCGGGAGACUACAAGAUGCGGACAAAAGAGGAAGGGACUGCUGUCCAUAUUCGUGGACCAUUGUAGUUUUUUGACCGGCCAGAGGCUGCGGCGCGCGUGUCGGAUCGGCGAGCUCUACUCCAACUUGUACUCGGAGAGGACCAGGUGGACCCUGGUGGGGAGCAUAUGGCGUCGGUUGCAGAGCAAGCACCCUCCGACAGGUCGGCUGAUGGCGGCCCUGGCGGGCGUCUUCAUGUGGGAGCAUGAGAAGAUUCAAGAUGAGGAGAUACUCAGGUGUGGACUCGAGCUAGAGGCGCUGGACAUGGUGAAGAGUCAAAAGCACAAAGCUGCAGGCUCCACCGGCGAACACGUGGAUGUGGGCUGGGAGGCGGUGAUGGAGAAGAAAGACUUCAAAGUGUGGAAGAGACCCAUCCCUGACAGUCACCUGUACGAGUACAGAGUGUUGGGCUCCUACAGCGACAUCACACCAAGACAGUUUUUCAACGUGCAGUUGGACACGGACUACAGGAAGAAGUGGGACGCGCUUGUCAUCAAACUGGAAGUGGUGGACCGAGACGUCAACACGGGCUCAGAGGUGGUCCACUGGGCCACGCACUUUCCUUACCCCAUGUACUCCAGAGACUACGUCUAUGUGCGGCGCUAUGACGUGGACCUGGACAACAACCUGAUGAUCUUGGUGUCCAGAGCUGUGCAGCAUCCCAGAGUUCCAGAGUCUCAGGACUUUGUGAGAGUUCACACGUACCAGUCCAAGAUGGUCAUCCGCCCGCACACGUCCUUUGACGAGAAUGGCUUCGACUACUUGCUGACUUACAGUGACGACCCCCAGACCGCCUUCCCUCGUUACUGUGUCAGCUGGAUGGUGUCCAGUGGCAUGCCGGACUUUUUGAACAAGCUCCACACCGCAGCUCUGCAGGCCAGGAACUUGGAGGUGGGCGUGUUCGACUACGCCAGCGUCAUCAAAAGCAGCGACUCGGGCCGCAAGCAGACCCAGGAGCGAUUGGCCGCAGAGAAAAACCACGCCGGGGGUCCUGGUCAGAUGUACGCUUGAGCCUACACUGACAUGGAGAAGACAAGUGGAUUUGUCCAGAUGAAACCCUCCAAAAACCCAAACACUUUGGGUUUGUUUGUGUGAAGAUUUUUUGUUUUGUUUUUGUAGAAGAAAAAAGAAGAAUGGACUUGGGCACUGCCCUUAACGCCAAUGUGUGUGUGUGUGUGUGUGUGUGUGUGUGUGUGUGUGUGUGUGUGUGCGGUAACACUGGUCCGAGGGAGAGGAGACGGCCAAAUUGUUCAUGUUCUUGUGUUAUGACUGUGCUGUGGCAAAGCGGACUAAAAAGACAAGACGUACGGACAAAUGGUGGAUGUGCUUUUGCAGUAUUGACCAUAGAACAUGGCUGAUUCAUCUCUGCACUGACUCAUGAAGGACUGGGGUCUCAAGAUUGGUUGCUUUUCCACGUCUAUGCAGAAGAUUAACUCGGGAUAUGACGGCAACUUUUAGGGCUCUUGUGAAGCCAAAAGCCGACCUUGUACAGCGUGUCUUCUAACAACCAUCGAAAUCCUCACACAUGCACUUCUAAAUGUAUGUUUUCUUUUUUUUUAGUCACGUCGAAAUGAAAAAAGGUUAAUCCAUUUCAAUUGCAGCAAACAAGCAUCUCAUACAGACUUUGUUGUUACGGUCCCUGUUGUACAUUAUUCCAAAAAAAACCACCUGGAUGAUCUAAAUCGUGCUAACUCUGUGCUGUAAUUCUGAUGCUUUUUCUUGCUAAAUCAUUGACAUCCUUUUUCUGAAUGUACGAAUAACACCACAUGCUGUGGAGUUCAAGUUGCCUCUGAACAAUAAAGACACGUUUACAACCUGACAAUGUGACACACA